GGCAGCGACAGGCCGUAGUCGCUCCGUGCUUAGAAGCGCCUGACGUUGAGUGAGAUAGGCUCCCCGCCGACUGCCGCAGCAGAAAUGGCGCGAUUCUUCAAGGAGGAAGACAUCGAUGAGUUUCGCGAGUGCUUCAACUUGUACGGCAGCAAAGAUCGCGUGACGACCGUGAAUGAACUGGCCUCCAUCAUGAGAUCCCUCCGUCUUUCUCCGACGACCAGCGAGCUACGGCGCUACCUCAACAAAAGCGGUAACAAUAUGCCAUUCGUCGAAUUUCUGGAGGUCAUGCAUGAACACAUGGAGAAGGAGAAGAUCCCGGCCGACAUCCUGAAGGCCUUCCGGGAGCAGGAUCCUCGCGGCACGGGCUUCGUCGCGGUGAAGGAGCUGCGGCGCCUGCUGUUGCACUGGGGGGACCGGCUCAGCCACAAGGAGUUGGAACAGAUCUUCCGCGAGACUAAUACGCCAUCUAGUGGUAACGUCAAGUACGAGGACUUCCUCACGAUCGUUUGCUCCCCACUGCCAGACUACUGACCGUCGCCGACAUCGUCCAGUCCGCCUCUCGCAGGCCGGGGAUGAAGAGGGAGCGCAGGGGAGAGUGGUCUGGGACAACCCGGCGGACGCCGCUGUAUCGCUAACAGGCCCUGCUUGGUGGGAGCCAUCAGGAGAACUCCUGUUCGUCAUACGCGCCGAGCUCGUCAGCCCGCCGCAAUCUAAUGGCUUACCGUCAGCUCGCCGUAAUGUGAGGGGCUUAGUGCUUUGUGAAUGCCUUCUGUUGAAAAUUGGAAAUAUCAAGUUGGCGACAAUCGUAUUACUAUAAGUCGCAUUGCUACCCUCCCCUUUACUUUAUCAGACACAACUUAGAACGAUAUGGCUUUCCCAGUCCAUGUUUGUGGUAAAUCGACUGUAAACCUGCAAACCUACACAAGCUUGGUUGGCGUGGAAAAGAACGACAGUUGUUUAUUGAUGUAGCCUUCGGGACGUUCAUUACUGUCGCCGGCAUACUUCAUGACCACCAUGCGGUUAUCUUUGAAAUGAACGCUGCGAUUUUUGA